UGAUCGGCUUCAGAUCGUCCUAAAUGACUGCCCAAUACAUGUACACAGAAAAAAAAACUUCCAUUUGUAUGAAUGAUGUGAAAAUCAACAUUCGAAUUUUAAAUUUUCAAUUCAGUUACACUCAGAACGUCGUCGCGCUUAUUGCAACAACAAUCAUUUAUAUAAAUACAUAUAUUGUCCAUCCGUUCUACCGUCGCUUCGAUAUCAACAGCGCAAAAAGAUAAUUUUUAUUUGUGAGACUUAAAUGGUUCAUAAUGUGAUUAAUUUAGAUUGUUUCCCUAUUCUACGUUUUCUUUUGUUUUACAGCUGUUUUCGAUAGCGAUCGUUCGUAAGUACUAAUUUAACGUGUAACUUCUUCGAGUGUAGUUCCUUUCAUUGUUUUAAUUGAUCGGUACAACUAUUCUUUGAGACAUCAAAUUGUUAUAUGAAAAAAGUGGACAAUAAAAUUGUUUCAUCAAUUUACUUAAAAGUUAAAAGUUAAUCAGAGUUGGACAAUAAAAUAUUUGAUUAAAGUUUAAAAAGAAUUUAAAAAUUCUUCAGUUUAUUAAUUGUUAAAGUAAUGAGCUCUAGCACGUGAACGACAUUAAAAAUUUGUUAUUAUUUAAAAUAAAAAUAUAAUUGGUUGACACUGCUGUAUAAAACGUCUUUAAGUACACAUUUAACUUGUUUUUAAGUUAGUUUUGGUGUCACGUAGCAACAUUUUUCGAUACAAAUAAAACGUACAAAAAAUGACAUCAGUAAGGUCACCAACAUUGCAAGACGAUCAGAAGUUCUCACUGAUGAAGUUUCGACGUGCUGUCGCUGAUGUUACGAAACCGGAACAUGACGAUUUUUUUCUAAUUAGGUGGUUAAAUGCAAGAAAUUGGGACAUUGAAAAAGCUGAAAAAAUGUUCAGAGAUAGCAUAAAAUGGCGUGAACGAUGGGGCGUCGAUGACAUUGUCAAUUGGAAAGUACCUCAACCAAUAGUCGAUUAUUGUCCACACGGUCUAUCCGGUUUUGACAAAGACGGAAGUCCAAUUAUUAUAAUACCAUUUGCCGGUAUGGAUAUGUGGGGAACUUUGCAUACCGUAUCGAGAGCUGAUUACAUACGUGCAACAAUACAGAAUUUGGAGCAUUAUAUGAAAAUCGGAUAUGAACAAAGUAAAACUCAUGGACCAUCAGCUAGGCAGUUUGUGAUUAUAUUUGAUAUGGAAGGGUUUAUUGUUAAACAGUACACAUGGAGACCAGCCGCAGAGGUAGUUAUUUCGCUAAUUAAGAUGUACGAGGCAAACUAUCCCGAAAUUCUAAAAUGUUGUUAUAUUAUCAACGUACCGAGAGUGUUUGCAUUUGUCUACAAUAUCGUCAAAAAUUUCCUAGACGAUUACACACUGAGCAAAAUAUUCAUUUUCAAGAAUGAGUCGAAGAAAUGGCUACCUAAACUGUUAUUGCACGUCGACGAGUCUCAAUUACCGAAGUAUUUUGGAGGACAAAUGACUGAUAGCGAUGGUAAUCCAAAGUGUUUGUCAAAGAUUUGUUGGGGUGGCAAAGUUCCAGAGGAACUGUACACUGAUAAAAAUGAUAGUCUGGCAAAGAACGAAGACUUUGUUGAAACAACAAUAAAGAAAGGUGGAAAAAUUAAACUAGAGCUGAAAUGUGAUGACGACGAGUACCUGUUAAAAUGGGAAUUCAGAACUAUCGAUCACGACAUUCGAUUCGGAAUCACACGGGUAAACAAUCAAACCGGCGACGAGAAUAUUGAAAUUCCAUUGCAGCGUGUAGCCUCACAUCAGCUGGACGAAGAGGGGUUUAUCACUUGUCAGAAGGAUUGUACAUAUCAUGUCUUGUUCGAUAACUCCUACAGCUACUUUAAAGGAAAGCGAAUUCGUUAUUCAAUAUCUCUAGUGAAGCAACAAAAUGUUGCCGAUCUUGAAGAAGCUGCCGAUAAAAUUACCAACAACUAAAUGGAUGGGAUUUUCAUAAAUAAAGAAACAAAAAAAAAUUUACAAUUGGUGUUAGAAGCAAUUGGGCAUUUCAGUGUAUUGUGUGUAACUUUUGGGUGAUUAUAUUUGAUGAGUUAGAGACUGUCGUUAUUUUUUAAAUAAAUUUUUCGAUU